AUGAAGUAUCAACGUCUUGCCUCCCUGGGCCUUGCUGCCCUAAGUGUCUCGGGAUCUGUCUCUGCAAGCCCUCUCAUUCGACACGAGGGCGAGUCCCUGUGUCCCUCUGGAUACACUCAGAGUGUCUACUAUGUGACUGUUACUGCUAGUUCUACUCCGACACCGACUUCAUCAGCUGAGCCAACUACAACUGUAGAGUCCUCGUCGACCGUCACGGAGACUACAGUCCAAUCUCCUACAUACACCCCGGUUGAGACUCCUGCUCCGGUUGAGACUCCUGCUCCGGUUGAGACGCCUGCUCCCGUGGUGCCCAGCGCUCCUGUCGAGCUUACCACUUCAUCACCUACCGCCGAGACAACCGUGGUGGCUCCAACAGUUGCUACACCCUCCACCACCGUUGAUGCCCAGCCUACAGAAGUAGUCGUCGAGCCUUCUACUUCAUCCUCUUCCACCGAAGCGCCAGCAGAAACCCCAAUUGUUGCUGAGACACCUUCUACCACUGCUGAUGUCCAACCCACAACCGCGGUUGCUGCUCCCACAACCAAACAGCUCAAGCAAUCAACCACCAGCACAGCUGCCCCAGUAACUUCCACCACCUCUUCAUCCACCGGCUCGUCUUCCGGUAGCAGCAGCAGCAGCAGCAGCGCAUCCAACUCCGGCGAAGCCACCUUCUACGGCGGCAAUAUCUCCGGCGGAACAUGCUCCUUCUCAGGUUAUACACUCCCAUCCAACCUCUUCGGGACAGCCCUCGGUUCCCCACGCUGGGACAACGCCGCCGAAUGCGGUGCCUGCGUUGCCGUAACAGGCCCUAACGGAAACACUAUCAAGGCCAUGAUCGUCGACAAAUGCCCCGAAUGCGACUCCAACCACCUCGACCUCUUCCAAUCCGCCUUCACCGAGCUAGCCGACAUCUCCAAGGGCGUUAUCGACAUCACCUGGAACUACGUCUCCUGCGACAUUGACACACCCCUAAAACUCAAGAAUAAGGAGGGUACCUCCGCAUACUGGUUCUCGAUGCAGGUUGUCAAUGCCAAUGAGGCCGUUACCUCGUUGGAGGUUAGUACCGAUGGUGGAAGUACCUGGCAGAGCACUACUCGCUCGGACUAUAACUAUUUCGAGAAUAGUUCGGGAUUCGGGACUGAGACGGUUGAUGUGAGGGUUACUGGGAAGAGUGGGAAGGUAGUGACGGUUACGGAUGUGAGUGUUUCUGCGGGGGCGGAGGUUACUGCUGGUGGGAAUGUUUAG